AUUUGGAAGCGAUGGGGUACCUCCAUCAAAGCCAACGCGUGUUCACGCCGCUGUCUCAGGCACGCCUAGAACACAUCGACGUCGUCCGUCUCAAGAAAGGAGGUUGUCGCUUCGAGGUGGCAUGCUUCAAGAACAAGCUCGUGGAAUGGCGCCGUGGCAUUGAAACGAACUUGAGUGACGUGCUGCAGUCAGAAGCGAUCUUCGACAACGUCUCACGGGGAAAGCGAGCCCGCGACGAGGACAUUCAACGUGUGUUUGGGACCCAAGACAUCGUCGAAGUAGCAACGUUCAUCAUGACAAAGGGGGCAAUCCACGUGUCCGAAAGCAUUCGUGUCGCCGAACACGACAGCAUGUUCCAGGAAGUCGGGUCCGUCAUUGCGAAAACGUCCGUGAAUCCCGAGAUUUCGCGACCGUAUCCCAUGUCGGCGAUCGAACAAAUGAUGCAGAAGAUCCAUGUCGCAUUGACACCUCACGAACCUGUGGACAUUCAGGCGCUGGGCGUUCUUCAGCAGCUCAAACAAGUAAUGCCAAUUGUUCGAGCGACCAUGAAAGUCCACGUCAGUGUUGCCUCCACCGAUGUACGUCACAUGCAAUCGACGCUGCAAUCGCUAGGUGCGACCGUCUUCGAACAACACAGCGGUGCCAACGGCGCUCUGGAAUGCACAUGCUUGAUCGAACCUGGCGUGUUUGGAGCAGUGAAAGCAUUUGUCAGCGAACAUGCUACCCGUAACCCACACUAUCCAUCAUCGUUGCUUGGAAACCUAAAGCUAAUGAUGUGUAUGUUGUAGGUCGAGUUUUGCGCGUGGUGGAGUGCAUUCCUCUCGACAGAGAUGACGUGAACCUCCCGAAUGAAACACCUGUCAUUAUGCAGGCGAUGGAAGCACCACCUGCUCCAGUGGCAGUCGUCGUCGCACCCGCCGCAAGUACACGACCAUGCAGCACGUGCGGCGGACAUUUCGCCGACACUGCGCAGUACCGCGAGCAUUUUCGAUCCACGUGGCACCGGUACAACUUGAAGAUGAAGGCCAAACUGGAGCCCAUAGUCGACGAAGCGACGUUCCUUACGCUCGACGCAGACGCCGUCCAACGCGUCUUUGAAUCCCUUGAUUGAAUGAACCAAGUCACAAGAAGGCUCGUCGUAGGCAUCUCCUCUGCCACAUAGCAGUCUGGAACUGUAUCAGCAUUCCCGACCGAUUCUUCUGCCAUCAAGUUGGGCGAGUUCUUUCUAUUUAAUAAUAAGUGAUGGUCUCGUAGUUUGGGG